AUGAGCCAGAAUCUCAGCAAUACUGUAUCUUCUCUAUGGAGAAGUGGGACAUUUAUCAAUUCCUUUAUUGCAGGUUGGACUGUUGGUGGGCAACAACUGUUCUCCUCUUAUAUAUUCAGAUGUCCCUGUCAGGUUGGGAGAAAUUUUUAUUAUGGUUCAGUUUUUCUUGUUGUUCCUGCCUUGGUCCUUCUGGUUGCUGGCUAUGCUUUAAGAGGCCAAAUGUGGACAUUUGCUAGCAACUACUGCUGCAGUUGCGGCCCUCUACAGCAGAGAAUCAGUCCCCUGGAGCACAGACUGGCUUGCCUUAGAUUCUUCAGCAUCACUGGCAGAGCCCUUGUUGCUCCGCUGACCUGGCUGGCAGUGACCCUGCUGAAAGGCACCUACUAUCAAUGUGCAAAAAGUGAGUUUACAUCUGUGGACCAUUACUCAGUGUUUGAUAAUGUCACUGCCAGCAAACGAGAAGAGCUGCUAGCUGGAUUGCCAUGUGACAGGCCAUCAGCUUCUUCUGACAUGAUCCUAGUAAGAGAUGAAGUAGCUCUUCUGCACAGAUACCAGUCACAAAUGCUGGGCUGGAUUUUGAUCAUCUUGACAACCACUGCUAUCCUAGUCUUCUGCUGUCUGGCCAGGUGCUAUUCUCUCUCGACUCUGCAGCAUCACUACUGGACCCACCAUCUAGAAAAUGAGAGAGAGCUCUUUAAACAGGCAGCAGAGGAGCACUCCUGGCUCCUCAUCAGGCAGUGCAUAAAGAAAUUAUUUGGCUUUGUUCCUGGGAGUGAAGAUAUUCAACAGAUCCGAAUCCCUUCGUGUCAGGACUGGAAAGAGAUUUCAGCACCCAGUCUUCUGUGCAUGGAAGAUGCCACACACGGUCUGUACAGCUCCCUUGGAGAUAGGGUGGUUGAAGAUAAUGAGGAAGAAAAAUUAGGAGGUAUUGAGUUAAAACCUUGACAACAUCACCUUUCACAAGUCAAGUUGCUUGGCAGGUACUUAAUUUUAUGAUGGGAUUUUUGAGGACAUUUCUAGAUUUUUCUUUUAUUUUUGAUAUUU